AUGUCGAGUGCUGUGAAAUUGGUAUUUGUGCUGUCUUUAUGGGCAGUAAUACAAUGUUCGCCUUAUGAUGACGGGAAGUACCAUCCAAAGAAAUACAGAGUAUACGAUGAUGGAGGAUACUACAGGCCUUUAGAUGAAGGCAAGUAUGUUCCUGGGGAUGAGGGAAAGUACACAUACAUAUACCAACAAGGUCUAUACCCAGAGGAUGAUGGCGACUACAGAUACGUACAUCAAGUUGGACCAAAUGGUGGAUUUGGGGGUAAUGGUGGCUAUGGAGGUAACGGUGGUAAUGGAGGAAACGGGGGCUAUGGUGGAAAUGGCGGUUACGGAGGAAACGGAGGUUUUGGACCGAAUGGACCAAACGGCCCCAAUGGUCCUAAUGGUCCAGGUGGCCCUAGAGGACCACCCGGGCCACCCGGCCCACCCGGCCCUGGCGGUCGAGAGCCAAACCGUAUUGAUUACAUCGGUUCGAAGACAUAUGCUCAAAGAUAUCCCUACAUUCAUAAAGUGAUUAAGGGCUUGGUAGACAAAUAUGUGUCAGAUGAGGCUGUCAACUUCGGAGAUGAAUACGAAGGAAGCACAAACCACUACAGAAAGGUGUAUGCUGAUAAGGAGAUUGCAGUGAAGUGCAGAUAUCUGGAGCCAGCCUACAAUCAGACAGAGUUUGUGACACAAUAUCCUCCAACACUGAAGCUCCCUCAUGGUGAAAAAUUCGGUUCCUACUACAGUUUUAGAGGUAGCAAAGUUCUAAAUACUGUGAAGAAUUCCCUAACAAACAAAGUGAAGCUGGAGUACGAAGUAUUUGUAAGAGUUGUGGACACAACAACAGAAUAA